AUGGGAGCCGAUAUUUAUGAGAAAUAUGCAAGCGCGAGAGAGGUUAUCGACGCGUCGGACGAGGCGGUGGGCGGUGGAUUAAAGAAACUUAUGUUUGAGGGGCCGCUGAACGAACUGACAUCAACAGAGAACGCGCAACCCGCCAUAUUAUGUCAUUCCAUCGCCCUCCUCAACGUGCUAGAGAAAGACUACGCCUUCGACGUCCGCACCUGCACCUACGCCCUCGGCCACUCUCUCGGCGAAUACACCGCCCUCGUCGCCACAAAAUCCCUCUCCCUCCCCGACGCCCUGCGCCUCGUCCGUCUGCGUGGCCAGGCGAUGCAGCGGAGUAUAGAGAACCGCGAACAGGCCACGACGAUGAAAGCGCUGAUCAUCAACGGCGACCAUCUGGAAGACGUGGAGAAACUCAUGCGCAAGAUCCAGAUGAGUAUGCCGGAGGGCGAGGUUGCCGAGAUUGCCAACAUCAACAGCCGCUCCCAACUCGUCCUCUCCGGCACCACAAAGGGCGUCUCCUACGCCUGCUCCAUCAUCCAAACCCGCUCCCUCGCCGGCCGCGCCCUCACCCUCCCCGUCUCGGCGCCCUUCCACUGCUCGCUGAUGCUCCCCGCCGCCGACGAGAUGCUCUCCGCCCUCGCGCAAACCAAAUUCGCCGAACCGGCCAUCGAAGUCGUGUCCAAUGUCACGGGCCGGCCAAUCACCCCCUCGGACUCGGAGAGCGACAAUCCACGCACGAUCGAAGGCGCGAUACGACACCUCCUCCACGCCCAAAUGACGCGCACCGUGCAAUGGCAGCGGUCGACGAGGUUCUGCAAGGAUGACGAUGUGCAUGAUUGGAUCGUCGUCGGGCCUAGCAGGGUGUUGGCGAAUCUGUUGAGGAAGGAGUAUGGGACCGAUGAGGUGUUGCCCGUUGCGGGGGUGGAGGAUCUGGCCGGGUGGGGGAAACGGGAGAGGGGCCUGGGAUGGGGUGCGGAGGGGAGGCGGGUGGGGAGGGCGUAA